CAGGCUUGGCACACAAAGCUGGUUAUGGGGCAUAGAGGUGGAGUUCGGGAAAGUGUCAUCUAGGAGAUUUCCUUCCAUCCAGACAAGAAGUUUGCUGCCGGUCUCCGCUGGAAAGCUGGGUCUGGGAAGGACAUUGGCCACAGCAACAAAUGAGGAGGACAUAGGAGCACUUGUACCCUGGCACACUGAUCUGGAGCACUUGCCAUCUGUCAGAUGCGGGCACAGAAGUGGGAGUGAGGGUGCUGGGUGGUGCUGAAGAGUCGGGUGUAUGUGGAUUUAUCAGGAGGGUCCAGGUCUAGGUGUUCUGGUUGAAUCAUGAUGGUCCAUUGUGCUGGCUGUGAGAGGCCCAUCCUGGAUCGCUUCCUCCUCAAUGUCCUGGACCGGGCUUGGCAUGUCAAAUGUGUCCAGUGCUGUGACUGCAAAUGUAACCUCACUGAGAAGUGCUUCUCCAGAGAGGGCAAACUCUACUGCAAGACAGACUUCUUCAGGAGAUUCGGUACAAAAUGUGCAGGGUGUUCUCUUGGAAUCUCUCCCAGUGACCUGGUGCGGAAGGCCAGGAACAAAGUUUUCCACUUGAAUUGCUUUACCUGUAUGGUGUGUAACAAGCAGCUAUCUACUGGGGAGGAACUCUACAUCAUAGACGAGAACAAGUUUGUCUGCAAGGAGGAUUAUGUGAGCGCCAGCAGCCUGAAAGAGGGCAGCCUCAACUCAGUGUCCUCUUGUACAGACAGAAGUUUAUCUCCAGAUCUUCAAGAUCCAAUACAGGAUGAAAGUAAAGAGACAGAUCAUUCCACUUCUUCUGAUAAGGAGACUGCCAACAAUGAGAACGAGGAGCAGAAUUCUGGUACCAAAAGAAGAGGACCUAGGACCACCAUUAAAGCAAAGCAACUAGAGACCCUCAAGGCAGCAUUUGCAGCAACUCCAAAACCGACAAGGCACAUUCGAGAACAGUUAGCACAGGAAACAGGACUUAACAUGCGGGUGAUUCAGGUUUGGUUUCAAAAUAGGAGAUCCAAGGAGAGGAGAAUGAAACAACUCAGUGCUUUAGGUGCUAGAAGACAUGCUUUUUUCAGAAGCCCAAGACGAAUGAGGCCAUUGGGCGGAAGGCUUGAUGAGUCGGACAUUCUUGCAUCUGGCCCUUACAGCUACUAUGGAGAUUACCAAGGAGAUUAUUACGGAAGUGGAAACUAUGAUUUUUUCCCUCACGGUCCUCCAUCCUCCCAGACACAAUCCCCAGCAGAUUCCAGCUACUUACAGAAUUCAGGGCCAGGUUCUACCCCUCUUGGUCCUUUAGAACCACCACUAGCUGGCCACCACCCUUCAGAAAACCAAAGAUAUGCGGACAUGAUAUCUCAUCCUGAUACACCCAGUCCAGAGCCUGGCAUGCCAGGCUCACUCCAUCCAAUAUCUGGGGAAGUCUUCGGCAGUGGUCCAAGUCCGCCAUUUUCUAUGUCUAGCAAUAGUGGCUUUAAUGGUCCUAUACCCCAUCAAAACCCUGACAUUAAUGAGGCCACAGUGUGGUAAUACUCAGAAGCUUGGGGGAUAAACUUACUCUCGUCAUUGACCACUCAUCAAGCAUUUGUUUUUUAUUUCAUCCUUUCAAAGUGAUAGGACAAAGACUCAAUCCUGAAUAGAGUAUAAGCUGUCCUGGAGUACCUCCUGCUCUACAACACAACGCCCCAUGCUGAGCUCGAAAGGAACACUCCUCUGACAAAAGGGACAAAGUAAAAACCAAAACAAAAAAGUACAGACACAACCAAAAGCCAAUUCCCUGACAGUAGACCACCAGCCUGUCUCCUUGUAUCUCAUCCUGAAAUACUGGACCAUUAUAUCGGGAUAAGAUUCUUCAUUGGGACCAAGAUGGCACUGAAACCAAAUUCACCUCCAUGGCUGUUGAAUAGACUGCCUCCUCCCUCUUAUUGGAAAGCCAGUGAAACUACUAGUUUACCACAUGGAUUGGGACCAAUACUCCUACUAUAACUUUCUAUUACUAGUGUCUUCUGAGCCACUUCCAAAAGAUGCUAAGAAGAGGAAAUAAUUUAGCAUUCGGAUCAUCAGCAAAAAGCUUCUAUUCCAAAUAAUUUAUUUCAUUUGUGUUUUGCAGUUCUUUAUAGAAUUUUCUAUUGAAACUAUACGGAAGAAAAUAUUCAAUCAGACGCCAAACCUCACCGUCACUAAUGGGAUAGAAAAAAUAAAGUUCACUUUUAUUUCUCCUGCAUCAGCUGUGAUGCUGGGCAGUACUUGCAGCAAUAAGUAAUGUUAGCAGACCUGUACAUGCUAAUGUGAUGGAUUGGAUUUAGAUAUUGCUCCCACCUCAAGUUUUUGCAUUGAUUAAAUUCUUAGCUGGUAUUAACCCAGUGUGCUUAAGAAAUGGGUGUCACAUAUAUAACCCUUAUGUUCUUACAAUCGGAUGAUAAAAAGCAAUGAAGAAAGAAAAACCCUUUAAAAUAGUUCAUGAGGCUUAAAUUGAUCUGUUUGAUGUAUAUCAACAAUGUGGUGUUAGGAUGUCCUCUAGUGGCAAGUUUGUAGGAUUUGUCUCUCACUGAUACUAGGCAAAAAGUCACCUUUAUUACUCAUGCACCUCCAAGAAAUUGUGCGCAAAUAUGUUUUAUUUUUUAUUUUUUUUUAUAUAACCUCCCAACCCUCAACAAAAUAAUUUAUAGGAGACGAGAGGAGGGGGCAGUAUGGAAGCCCCUUUUGCUGUACUAUAAUUUGAGAAGCUUCUAAGCUUCACCUUUACUUAUUUUGUAUAAAGAAAUGAAAAAAUAAAGUACGUUUUGUGUUUCAU